UUUUCUGGACAGACGGGACAGUCCGUAGCAGACGCCGUGGUGCCGCCUGUUCUCCCGCCUUCAUUUCCCAUCGUGCUGAGGCGGGUGGCAUGGCGGAGAAGGAUGACACCGGACUUUGACGAAGAGGUGGUUUUUGAGAAUUCUCCACUUUACCAGUACUUACAGGAUCUGGGACAUACAGACUUUGAAAUAUGCUCUUCUCUGUCACCAAAACCAGAAAAAAGCACAGUGACAGAGGGACAACAAAAGCCUCCUGCAAGAGCCCUGCCAAAACGAAGCAUCCUGUUAAAAGUGGCUGAAACCAUCAAAAGUUGGAUUUUUUCUCAGUACAAUAAGAAAGAUGACUUACUUCACAAGUUGGUGGAGCCAUCCUCAUUCUUCAGUGAUACUAGGAUUGUGGAUAUUGGAUUCCGACUCGACUCACUACAUACCAUCCUGCAACAGGAAGUCCUGUUACAAGAGGAUGUGGAGCUGAUUGAGCUACUUGAUCCCAGUAUCCUGUCUGCAGGGCAACCUCAACAACAGGAAAAUGGACACCUUCCAACGCUUUGCUCCCUGGCAACCCCUAAUAUUUGGGAUGUCUCAGUGCUGUUUGCCUUCAUUAGUUUGCUCAUUAUGCUUCCCACUUGGUGGAUUGUAUCUUCCUGGCUGAUAUGGGGAGUGAUCCUGUUUGUUUAUCUGAUUAUAAGAGCUUUGAGAUUCUGGAGGACAGCCAAACUACAAGUAACUCUAAAAAAAUACAUUGUCUGUUUAGAAGAUACGGCAACAAAUAGCCGAGCUUUUACUAACCUUGUGAGAAAAGCUUUACGUCUCAUUCAAGAAACUGAAGUCAUUUCCAGAGGAUUUACACUUUUGCUUGACAGGGUCAGUGCUGCUUGCCCAUUUAAUAAAGCUGGACAGCAUCCCAGUCAGCAUCUCCUCGGUCUUCGGAAAGCUGUCUACAGAACUGUAAGAGCCAACUUUCAAGCAGCAAGGCUCGCUACCCUAUAUAUGCUGAAAAACUACCCCCUGAACUCUGAGAGUGACAAUGUAACCAACUACAUCUGUGUGGUGCCUUUUAAGGAGCUGGGCCUGGGCCUUAGUGAAGAGCAGAUUUCAGAAGAGGAAGCACAUGACCUUACAGAUGGCUUCAGCCUUCCUGCUUUGAAGGUUUUGUUUCAACUCUGGGUGGCACAGAGUUCAGAGUUCUUCAGACGGUUAGCCCUAUUACUUUCUACAGCUAAUUCACCUCCUGGGCCCUUACUUACUCCAGCACUUUUGCCUCAUUGUAUUUUAUCUGAUGUGACUCAAGGUCUACCUCAUGCUCAUUCUGCCUGUUUGGAAGAGCUUAAACGCAGCUAUGAGUUUUAUCGGUACUUUGAAACUCAGCACCAGUCAGUACCACAGCGUUUAUCCAAGACUCAGCAGAAGUCAAGAGAACUGAAUAACAUUCACACAGCAGUACGCAGCUUUCAGCUCCAUCUGAAGGCAUUGCUGAAUGAGGUAAUAAUUCUUGAAGAUGAACUUGAAAAGCUUGUUUGUACUAAAGAAACACAAGAACUAGUAUCAGAAUCUUAUCAAAUCCUAGAACAGAAGUUGAAGUUGAUUCAGCCCCAUGUUCAGGCGAGCAACAAUUGCUGGGAAGAGGCCAUUUCUCAAGUGGACCGACUGCUCCGAAGAAACACAGAUAGGAAAGGCAAGCCUGAAACGGUGUGUGAAAACCCACGUUGUACUGUGGUACCUUUGACGCAGCCAACUCUACACAUCGCGGACAAAGAUCCAAUCCCGGAGGAGCAGGAAUUAGAAGCUUAUGUAGACGAUAUAGAUAUGGACAGUGAUUUCAGAAAGGAUGAUUUUUAUUACUUGUCUCAAGAAGACAGAGACAGACAGAAGCGUGAGCAUGAAGAAUCCAAGAGGGUACUCCAAGAACUAAAAUCUGUGCUGGGAUUUAAAGCAUCGGAGGCAGAAAGGCAGAAGUGGAAGCAACUUCUAUUUAGUGAUCACGCUGUGUUGAAAUCCUUGUCUCCUGUAGACCCAGUGGAACCCAUAAGUAAUUCAGAACCAUCAGUGGAUUCAGAUAUGGGGACAGUUGGUAAAAAUGAUACUGAAGAGGAAAAUAGUAAACCCUCCACAGCUGACAAUGAAAUAAGUAGUAGGACUGAGUAUUUAUGUGAAAACCCUCUAGAUGGUAAAAAUAAAGACAAUUCUGCAAAUGAAGUCUUCCUCCAAGGAGCUGAAGAAAGAGUGUGUUCCCAAUGUGAGAGUGAAGAGGAAUCUCGGCAGGCGGACGUAGGGAGCCUGUCCACUGCCCAUCCAGCUCCCGGGGACUUAUUACAGCCUUCCAUUAAGCAGAGGCUGGCACGGCUCCAGCUGUCACCGGAUUUUACCUUCACUGCUGGUCUUGCUGCAGAAGUGGCUGCUAGAUCUCUCUCUUUUACCACCAUGCAGGAACAGACUUUUGGUGAUGAGGAGGAAGAACAGAUAGUACAAGAAAAUGAAAAUGAGGUACAAGAGAAGUAGGAACCAAGAUUUACAUGGAGGAUUUUAAAUUAUUGCUUUUAUGCAAGUGUUUUAGCUUCAAGGCUAGAUAAUCCACUAGAAAGGGAAAAUGAGUGUUAAGUUUACUAUAUAUAAAGCUAAGAUGUGAAUUUACAGCAAGAACCUGGUUUGAACAACUGAUCUGAAAAUAGUAGUUAACCUGUAAAUGGCAAAUCUUUUAGGAAAAUAAGAAAGGUAAGGGCUCUUUUGAAUAAACUGCUCUUUUUUUUUUUUUUGCAGCACAGCUGAUCGAUCUUGGAAGUUCUUUAGGUACUUUUAAUAAGAAACAAAUUUAUCAUUUCUUGCCAGAAUUUGCUACCAUAAAAUGACUGGGAUAAUUCUGUUGCAAGAACAUUAACAUUUAGUAUGACUCCUUUUUACUGUAUUCUUGCAGUUCAUAGCUGCAGCUAUUAUGUUAAUAACAACUUGUUUGUAUUUUAUUUUUGUUUAUACCAGUCUUAAAACAAAGAUACAGGUUCUGAAUAAAAAAAAAAAUUGACUUCAUACAAUUAAUGUGUACUGGGGUUUGGAACUAAAAAGUAGUUUCAAAAAUACUGGGGUUAUGACAUUUUUUUUUAUGUUUCCUUGUUCAUAUGUGUAUUCGGUAGUUAAUUUUAAGGUGCCCUAAUAAUCUUUAAAAGAAAAACAUUGUACUGUUUUAAAAAUUACCCUUUCAAAUAUAUUUUGUGUUUUUCUUCUGUUCUUGUUAUAACUAAUAGAGAUGAUGUCAAAGUAGGAUCCGUAUAGUCCAAGGCCCCAUAGUCCAAGGCCCCGUGGGCACCUUUGCAGAAAGUUCUUUGUAUCUAUUUGCCUACAGAUAAUUGGGUGCCGUUAACACAAGCAGAUCAUUUCAGCUGAUUUCUAGCCUGAGGCUAUAUCCUCUCCACCUUAAUGAGAUUCUGGAAACAUCCUGCCUGCUUCCUGGAAAGCAUCCUUGUCUCCUCAGUUCUUCAUUUACAACUACCUCUUAAAAGAGGUUGCUUUCCAAAUUGUCCAGUGUCAUGAUUGCAUUUUCAAAAUGUGAUAUUUUCAGGAGUAUAUUGUUUCUUGAAACCUAUAGCUCCUACGCACUGACAUAGUUUAUAGACAUUAUUUGGGGAAAGUAUAGGAAUAAUAAUUUAUGCUGCUGUCCUAGAAAGGAAGUUACACAACGAAUAUAGAUUGUCUUUAGAAUUAAGAAACACAUUCAGAUUCCUGUAAACUUAGUACUUUGAGUCAGUAGAUUUAUGUGUACCGAGGAGAUUUUUAUUUAAUUUUUUCCAGUAAUCUUAGGAAAUUUAUUUUUUAUCCUGAGGAAAAACUUGAUUCUGCUUUGUAUGAAAAGUAGAGCUCCUUCGUACUAUAAGUGAUUCUGCCUAUUGCCCAAAAUUCUGGGACUGUCCAUAAUCAAGCUCUUAGAAAUAUCACAGGGUGGGCCCAGUUUACCACUUAUAAGUAGCUAAAUUUCAAAAACAAAAAUCUUGUUUUGAAACUGACAAUCGUAUUCAUAAAUAAUAAUAUUUUCUUUUUAGAUUACAUAGUUUGCCAAGUCUUUUUCCCCUUGGAUUUAGAAGAAGCAAUUACGGGAACACUUGGUAAUUGUUCCCCUAAUCUGUGACCUUACACAGGAAGAAUUAGAGUUUAAUAAUUUUUAAUUCUUUUAUUGUAUUAUUUUUAUUUACACCAGCUUGGGGAAAAUGUCUUCAUAAUAUUUCAUCAGUUUUAUUCAAUGCUCUCUAAGCAUUGAAAGACUGAUUUUGUUAUAAAUUUUUAAAAACUAAUUUUAAUGAAGAAUCCCUAAUCUUCCAAUCUGAUCUGUUUUAUCUGCAAAUAUUCUUCUUGUUGAAACCAUAAUAUAAGGAUCUUGGGACUUUAAUUGAAGGUUCUUUUUUUGUGUAGUUUUUAAAAUGUCUUUCAUCUUAUAAAAUAUUGCUGAGAUAAAAUAGUAUCUUCCCUGUGAAUAUUCCCAAUGUUCUCUUAUAGUAGUCUAAAAGUCAGUGUAUCUCAGUUUUUGUUUUUGUUUUUUAUAGGAUGCCUAUAUUAGAAUAAACUGGAGGUCUUAUUUUUAAAAUGCAGAUUUGGGGCCAUAACUCCCAGUCAUUCUUAAUCAGUCAUUUUGGGAUGAGACCUAGGUGGUGUGUAUGCUCAGUCAAAUCUAAGAACCUCUGUCUAGGACUUUGUUUUCCUUGCCAUGGAUAUCUUAGGAAAUUAAAACAAAUACGCCAAUGUGACAUAAGUAGGUAUUCUUAUUACUUUUCUAAGAAUAUUUCACUUUGUAUUAUCAGGCUUUUGACUAGUUUUAAUAGUUGACAUCCUGCAUCUAAAAGAAGCCCGCUGGGAAUAAUAUUUUGUGAUGCAAAACUUGUAAUUAUGCUUUCCAAAUUUUACAGUGAUAUUUUGACAGGAUAAUUCUUGUUAAGAGUAAUAUCCUGACAGCUUUUGAUAUGAACAUUUCCAGAGUUUAUUUUACCAGGACAGAGCCGGUACAGAAACUAUUUAGGGUCACUCUUGAGGACAAAAUUUUUACACUCUGCCUACAGUGAGGAAAGUCAUGGCAGUAAAUGACCUAAUAAUGGUUAUCAUACCUUAAAUUCUUUUUUUUUUUCAGCUAUCAUUAUUAUAACCCGCAUAUCGGGACUAUCUAGGACCAGACUCUUACUGGUCUUUGAUUUGUGAUCUUUGGCUUAUUUUUUAAGUUGUCUGUAUUAUCUGCCUUCACUAGUUAAGUCUUCUUUAAAAUUGUACUUCAUUAAAAUUGUAUGUUUGAAUAUAUUUAAUUAAGAACUCA